AUGUUGCCGGCCAAAGAGGCGGCAAAGAUUUACCACACCAACUACGUGCGUAAUGCCCGCGCCGUGGGUGUACUCUGGACCGUUUUUACCAUCACCUUCGCCGUGAUCACGGUGGUGGUGUUCAUCCAGCCCUACUGGAUCGGGGACAGCGUCAACACGCCACAGGCCGGUUACUUUGGCCUCUUCCACUACUGCAUUGGCAACGCACUCACCUCAGAGCUCAUCUGCAAGGGGAGCGCCCUGGACUUCGGCUCCAUCCCGUCCGGAGCCUUCAAGACGGCCAUGUUCUUCGUGGGCAUCUCCACGCUGCUGGUGGUGGGCAGCAUUGUGUGUUUCAGUCUCUUCUUCUUCUGCAACACCGGCAGCGUGUACAAGAUCUGCGCCUGGAUGCAGCUGGCCUCCAGCGCUUGCAUGGUGAUAGGCUGCAUGAUCUACCCCGACGGCUGGGACUCGGACGAGGUGAAGCGAAUGUGCGGCCAGCAGACCGACAAGUACUCCCUGGGCCACUGCAGCGUGCGCUGGGCCUACAUCCUGGCCAUCAUCAGCAUCAUGGACUCACUCAUCCUGGCCUUCCUGGCCUUCAGCCUGGGCAGCAGGCAGGACAAGCUGCUGCCCCAGGACUUCCAGAUGGAGGAGAAAGACCAGGCCUAAAACCACGGAGAAGUUGAC